CACAAAAGCAAGAAAAUAAGAAACAACACAAAAGAUGAAAACAUUCCGAUCGAUGUUGAUCUCUCUCUUGCUCGUUGCAAUAACAACAACAUCCGGUGUUGUUGAGGGUAACUACGUGGUUUAUGACGGCGAAGGAGAUCAGGUUAAGCCCAACGUUCCGUACUACAUCAGCUUCAUGACGUCGGAUUACAACAUGUGGAUCUGCCGAAAGAAAUGGAGAUCUAAUGAUCCCAACUCCUGCCCACAGCAACCGUUAAUGGUCACUCAUCCAAAUAUGGCAGCACCCACACCGGUUAUGUUUGUGUUAUCAAACAAAUCAGAGACAGUCGUACGUGAAUCAGCCAAACUCAAGAUUAAGUUCGUAGAUCCCCGUCCCUGCGGUGAAUCCGGGUUUUGGAGAGUAGUUCAGAGAACUUCUUCAGAAGGUGAAGUAGUCCUCAACGGAUCUGAAUCUACGUCAGACAAUGCCAGUACGUUCGCCAUCGAGCAAACUAACGAAUACUACAAGUUCACUUUCGGUGACGGCCCUGACUAUCUAACGACUAUCAGUUUAUCCAACGAUUAUCCAAUAUAUAGGUUGUUAUCCAAGAAGUUCUCUGGAGAAAUGGAGAUUUAUUUCUACAAGAACCUUACUAUGGGUUAAUUAAGCCAUGAUGUUUUUAUUUCCAAAAUCAAAAUAAAACUUGUUGUAAGAACAUGAAUACGCAAUAAAAAUGAUAUAAUAACAUAAAAAUAAAACUAAACUCGGAGAUCAUAAGUUGGUUCAUUUACUGUGUAUUCAUGUUAGUAUUACG